AUGAUUCUUAAAUUGGAUAUGUUGAAUUUGUGGCCUUUUUUGAACUGCUUGCACAAAUUGGGCAGAGCCGCGAAACGUCUUAAAGAGAGCGACUUUGUACACGACUCAUCCCAAAAAUCGUUCACAGCUUCACAACGAAUUUUCCGGUGGCCUUUUCUGAACUGCUUGCACAAAUUGGGUAGAGCUGCGAAACGUCUUAAAGAGAGCAACUUUGUACGUGACUCAUCCCAAGAAUCGUUCACAGCUUCACAACGAAUUUUCCGGGUUUCUGAGCAACAUAGAAAGGUGUUUGUAUUCGGGUCCUUCCUCAGUGCAAGGAAGAACCUAGAUAGAGGAGAUUCUGGGGCUGUUUUUCCUAGGGACGUAGUGGCCUUUUCUGAACUGCUUGCACAAAUUGGGCAGAGCCGCGAAACGUCUUAA